AUUAAAAGUUGUUCCCUUCGUUCACCUGUCACUCGAGGAGCAGACAAACUACAAAAUCAAAAUGUUAACUAGAAGAGAUUGGCCGAUCUUUAUCCUGCUGUCUUCGCUGUUUUGCAUAUCUUUUGCUGCAGAACAAGCUGAAUUCAUACCAAACGACGGUGAUAUACAAGUGGUGGAUGGAAGAGGUGGAAACUACAAAUUCAUUGAAGAAGAUGAAGUGAUAAUCCUGACGAGGGAAAAUUUCCACUAUUUCAUCAUGUCAAGGCCCACGGUCCUCGUCGAAUUCUAUGCUCCAUGGUGUGGACAUUGCAAGGAUUUGGUUCCAGAAUAUUCGAAAGCUGCGGAGACACUCAAGAAAGAAAAUAUUCCAUUAGCCAAAGUUGAUGCAACGAAAGAGGGUGAACUGGCAGUGGAAUUUAUGAUCAGCGGUUAUCCAAGCUUAAUCUUAUUCCGUGAUGGCAAGAAAAUCGACCAAUACCAAGGAGAACGCAAUGCGUUCGCAAUUAUUGACUACAUGAGGGAGAAAACUGAUCCCAACUGGAAACCUCCAUUGCCUCCCGUUAUUGAACUCACGUCAGAAAAUUUCGAAAAAACCGUUACCGAUUCCAAGCUGAUUCUCGUCCAAUUUUACGCUCCUUAUUGCAGCCAUUGCAAACAGAUGCAACCAGAAUACGAAGCAGCUGCUAGAUCCUUGUUGGAAUACGGCAUUCCUCUGGCUAAGGUAGAUGGUACAAGCGAGAAGGCUUUGACCGAUAGUUUCCAAAUCACUGGCUACCCACAAAUGCGUGUCUUCCGAAAAGGACGUGUGUUCGAGUACAAAGGACCGAGAGAACAUCGAGGUAUCGUUGAUCACAUGAAGGAACUUGCACGUCCAGCCUCCAAGCUCGUUAAUUCAUUGGGUGAACUUAAAAGUGAGAUGGAUCGCACUGAAGCCACUGUUGUAGGCUUCUUUUCUUCUAAAUCGCCUCUUUAUGAAGAGUACAUGGCAGCAUCUGAAGAAUUAAGAGGUAUUUUAACAUGUCUACAUACCUUCGAGAAAGAUGUUGCAUCCCAUUACAAAGUUAUUCCUGAUUCGAUCGUCGUCUAUCAGCCAGAAAUUUUUCAUUCUGAAUACGAGAAAUCAUCACAUGAAUUUCUUCAAUUAAAAGCCAGGGGUAAUGCCAAAGACAUUGUGAAUUUCGUCAAAGAGAAAAGCGUGCCAUUAGUGGGUCAACGUACAAAACGCAAUGAGGCGUUCAAAUAUUCCACCAAACCAUUGAUUGUCGUCUAUUACGAUGUUAAUUUCGACCAUCAAUAUGUCAAGGAUACGCAGUUCAUUCGUAAAAAGGUCCUGGAAGUGGCAAAAAUAUUUCAAAAUAGUAAUGCAAAAUUUGCCAUCAGCAACGAAGAUGAGUACCUUGAUGAACUGCGAAGUCUCAACUUAGCUGACGUUAACGAAGAUAUUAAAGUGGCAGCAUUCGAUGGCCAGAAAUUCAGGAUGGAACCUAUGGACGAAUUUGAUCCACAAGAAGUUAAAAAAUUUAUUGACUCAUUAUCAAGUGGCAAAGGCAAACCGUAUUACAAAUCCCAGCCAGUGCCAAAAGUCCAAGAGGGUCCCGUCCUGAACGUCGUUGCCAACUCAUUCGCCGAAGAAGUUCUUCAGCCCAAAAAAGACGUUCUCAUUGAAUUUUAUGCUCCUUGGUGCGGCCACUGCAAAGCCCUGGAACCUGAAUACAAGAAAUUGGCCAAAAAGAUGAAGAAAGCCAAUCCAAAUUUAAUUGUGGCAAAAAUGGACGCGACGGCCAAUGAUCUCCAUCCUAUAUUCGGCCAGAUAAAAGGCUAUCCUACCAUCUUCUUCUUGCCAGUUGCUCAUAAACAAGAGCCGGUUCCAUAUACAGGAGGGGAUUUUACUUAUAAAUCGUUAAAAACGUUUGUCGAUCAGCAGUCCAGCGUCAUUCUAACUGACGAAGAAAGAAUGGGUUUACCUUCGAUAGAAAAACGCGAAGUUGAUGAGCUAUGAAUCUAAUUGAUUAUU